UUUAUCUUUGUUCGCUGCAUGACUUAUCAUAAAUGUGAAUUACCACUGUGUUUGUGUAUUUUGUGAAACUACGUCAGAUUGAUGGAUGAUAAAACACUUAGGAUUGGCUUCAUUGGAGCCGGUGGUAUCCAUUUUGGUAGAACUGGCUCCAAGUUGCCAUGGGCUCAUGCAACAAGACUAGAAAAGAUUGGCAACAUUAAAGUUGUGGCAAUCGUAGAUACAGACAUAAAGCUUGCAGAAGAUGUUCUCAAGGCAAAACUUUCAUCAGACCAAGUAAAACACUGUUAUACCGACUGCAAAUGUUUCCCUCACUUCAAAGAGUUAAUAGCUUUGAAACCAGAUGCAGUGUUUAUAGGAAUCCCUCCUUUUCAUAGAGGUUCACUAAAAGACGGUGUGGAUAUUGAACUUCAGUUUGUGAAGGCUGGAAUACAUGUGUUUGUGGAGAAAUCUCCAUCGGUAGUACCACCCGAAGAGUUUGAUAACUAUGUAGAGGAAGUUAGAAAAGCAAGCAUUAGAAACAAUGUCGUUGUAUCUGUUGGAUACAUGUUCAGGUACCAUGCUGGAAUAGAUAAAAUGAAGGAAUUAAUUAUUGACCAUGGCGGGAAAGUGAUGGCGUGUAGGUCAAAGUUUAGUCUGGCUUAUUCUAGAGGUCAUAAAGGUAGAGACUCCUAUAACAACAAAAUAACCGGAGGACCAAUUGUCGAGCAGGCUACACAUGUUUGCGAUUUGUCUAGAUUUCUAGCUGGAGAUAUCAAUCUAAACUCAGUUCAGACUGUUAUGCUGAAAGAUAGCGACCCAUCUGGUGCCGGACAUCUUUCACAUCUGCCUCAUGAUGGAGAAAAUCAUAUAAAACCUGCCGAUAAAGUUCCAAGAGUUACAUUUAGUCAAUGGAGGUUUGUAGACGGAGGAAUAGGGACUCUUAUGCACUCUAUAGCUCUACCAGGGAGUAGACAUGAAAUAUCAAUCGAGGUUCAAAUGGAUGGAUUACAGCUGUCUCUAUUCAAACCUGUCGAAGAAGACAGUUCAUUGGUCGUCCGUAGUAUCAAAGCAGACGAUCCAAACAGAGAUACUAUUUAUACCUUCAACGAACAAGAUUCAUUCUUAAAUGAGUUAUCGGCCUUUAUAAAUGCAAUCAGAACUGGAGACCAAACUGGAAUUAGGAGUUCUUAUGAAGAUGCUGCAAAAACCUAUGAAUUCACUUGGAAAAUAAGAAGGACUGGUGAAGCAACCAGUUGACUCUAACACUAAUUCGAAUAAUCGGCUUCUAGUUAAACAGUUAUAGUUAAAGUAGCGGAAUAUGAUACAUGAUGAGUUUUAUGAUUUAUAA